AAAUUUAGUGAUUUAAUGAAUAGAAGUUGGUAUGAAUAUACUAGUUUGAAUUUACAGGGAACAAAUGUUCUGAAAGACAAUGAUGCCAAGAGUCAUGAGAUUCGUAAGAAUAUCUUUGACCGAUUCUUCAAACUCAAGCACACUGUGAACGUAGCAACUAAUGGAGAGCAGUUGAAUCGUGAGUGUAGCCUGUUCACAGAUGAUGGAAGGUAUGUUAUCGUUGGAUCUGCAUCACCAGAAGAUAACAACAUUAUAGAUCACUUUGACCUCUACAGAAACAAUGAAUCAGUAACACCAAACCCCCGUUCUCCGUUAGAGGAUUACACGCUUCAUAUUAUUGACAUGGAAAUGGGCCAAUUGUGUGACUACAGAACAUUCAAGCAUGAUAAAAUUUUUCUUUCUCACAAUCAGGGUCUUUACCUCUAUGGGCAAACAUUGUCGGUUCUCUCUGUGCAGCAUCAAACAAUCCAUAUAUUUCAGAUUACCCCCAAUGGAACAUUUUUAGAUGUUCGUACCAUUGGAAGGAUUUGUUACGAAGAUGAUGACUACAUAUUGGCCACUGUUUGCCCAGACAGAAUGGAACGUAAUUACCAGCAUAAUCGAGAGAUUGUUAUAAACUGCUUAAAGCAUAGGUUGUUAGUGUUUUUAUAUCGCCGUGCAGAGGCCUUAAGCAAAAAAGAGGGCAACCCACGCGCAUUGAGGGAAUAUUUCCAUUACUUCGACCAUCUUUUUUUAUUGAGAAUGUGGAAGAUGCAGCUUCUUGAUGAUGCUCAUUUAGUUAUUAAGUAUGCAUCUGAAGAAGUGGUAACUUUACGAACUGCUGAACCAAAUGGCCAGCCUUCAUUCUUUGUAGUCUACAACAUGAUUACAACAGAGAUUAUAGCAGUAUAUGAAAACACAUCCUCAGAGCUCUUGGAGUUUAUUUGAAAAGAUGGCAGAUUUCUUCCGUAAUGCAAGACUUAGCUGUGAGUCCCAGUUUACUUGCUCCCCAUCCAACAAUACAU